GAGGAGAUCCAGGAGGUGAAGGAUGAAGGAAACCUGGACCUGCUCUUUGAUUCCCUGGAUAAAAUCGUGGAGGAGGCAAAGAACCAGGAAGAGCCUGCGUGGCGUCCCAGCGGGAUCCCUGAGCAGGAUGUGCACAGUGCCAUGGUGCCCUACCUGCUGAAGCACAGGGCCUACCUGAGGAGGGUCCUGAGGGAGAAAGAGGAGGAGAACAAGAAGGCAGCAGAGUCUGUGCUGGCAGGGAGGGCCAGGGUGGCUGAGCUGCAGCAGCUGAUUCAGGCUCGGAAACGUUCCUGGCAGGCAAUUAGUGAAGAGCAACAGGAACUCAUCCUGACCUUCAAGGAGCCCCAGUGA